CCCCUGAAGUGGAGGAGAGAGUUGCCACUUAAAAGCCCAUUCAAGUUUUGACGGAGGAGCAUGUGAUCGGAGUUCCUCACGCUGUCAUGGCAGAAAUGGAAUUCCCAGACCAAUUCUUUACAGUUCUAAGCAUGGACCAUGAAUUGGUGACAUUCAGGGAUGUGGUCAUCAACUUCUCUCAAGAGGAAUGGGAAUAUCUGGAUUCAGCUCAGAGGGACUUGUAUUGGGAUGUGAUGAUGGAGAACUAUAGCAACUUGGUCUCACUGGAUUUGGAGUCCAAGUAUGACACAAAGACUAGAAAGGACAUCACUGGUUCUCAGUGGAAAGUAACAGAAAGUAAAUUCAUUGGUCUUGAGAGCUCCAUUUUCAGAAAUGAAUGGCAAAGCAAAAGCAAGACUGAAGUACAAAGACCUGAAGUGGGAUAUUUCAGCCAAAUGAAAAUCAACUCUGAAAAAGUGCCCAAUUACAAACAUCAUAAGUCUCUUAUAUCACAUCAGAGAAUUCAUGAUAGCAAGAAGCCCCAUGCAUAUAAGGCAUAUGGGAAGGUCCUUAGGUGUGACUUAAAUUUUGAUGAAUAUGAGAAAAUACAUACUGAUGAGAAAACCUAUCAAUAUAAUGCAUAUUGGAAAACCUUUGGAGAUGACCCACAUACCCUACAACUGAAUAUACAUAGUGGUGUGAAACCUUGUAAAUAUAUGGAAUAUGAGAAUGCAUUUAGUUUUUAUGAAGACCUUAGUAUACAGAAAAUGCAUGAUGAUCAGAAGUGCUAUAAAUGUAAGGAAUAUGAAAGGACCAUUAGAAGAGUUGAAGAAAUAACUCCACUUCAAAUAAUUCAUGAUGGUGAGAAACCCUAUGAAUGCACUUUCUGUGGAAAAUCCUUUAGAGUGCAUGCACAACUUACUCGACACCAGAAAAUCCACACUGAUGAGAAACCUUACAAAUGUAUGGAAUGUGGCAAGGACUUUAGAUUCCAUUCACAGCUAACUGAACAUCAGAGAAUUCAUACUGGUGAAAAACCAUACAAAUGUAUACAAUGUGAGAAAGUCUUUAGAAUUAGUUCACAGCUUAUUGAACAUCAGAGAAUUCAUACAGGUGAGAAACCUUAUGCAUGUAAAGAAUGUGGGAAGACCUUUGGAGUCUGUAGAGAACUUGCUCGACAUCAGAGGAUUCAUACUGGAAAGAAACCCUAUGAAUGCAAGGCAUGUGGAAAGGUCUUUAGAAAUAGUUCAUCCCUGACUAGACAUCAGAGAAUUCAUACUGGUGAGAAACCCUAUAAAUGCAAGGAAUGUGGGAAAGCUUUUGGAGUAGGUAGUGAACUUACUCGACACCAGAGAAUUCACAGUGGUCAGAAACCUUAUGAAUGUAAAGAGUGUGGAAAGUUCUUUAGACUUACAUCAGCACUUAUUCAACAUCAGAGAAUUCACAGUGGUGAAAAACCUUAUGAAUGUAAAGUAUGUGGGAAGGCUUUCAGACAUAGUUCAGCCCUUACUGAACAUCAGAGAAUUCAUACUGGAGAGAAACCUUAUGAAUGCAAAGCAUGUGGGAAGGCCUUUAGACAUAGUUCAUCCUUUACAAAACAUCAGAGAAUUCAUACUGGUAAGAAACCCUAUGAAUGUAAGGAAUGUCUCAGUGCCUUUAGCGUGGGUAAGCACCUUACUUGAUGAUAAAAAAGUUGUACUGGUGUUUUGUCUCGAAUGAAAGACAUGUACAAAAGCCUUUUGCAUCUGAGUUUCACUGGGAAAGUCCAUGCAUUAUAAUAUGAAGUAAUCAAGGGCCCAUUGUUCCUCUUAUUGUUUCCAGACUUCCUGGCCCCUCUAUUUAGAAGUAGAAUUGCUCAGUGAUAGGUGAUGUAUACUUGUUUUGUUAGAUAUUGCCAAAUAUUUGUUUUUAUUUCUCCUUUUCAUAUCAGUUAACAUUGUGAAUAUCCGUUUAGAUAAGAUGGUCCCUAUUCAUUUCUGAUAUGUAUGGAAAAUGUGUUUCACUAAUUAUUAGUCAAUUUCACAUGAAUUUCUUUUCCGGGCAUGUUUUGUUUACAGUUACUUUUGAUGUUUGUGUUUUUGUUCUUUUGUCUUUUCAUUGUUUUUGGCUUGUUAAUUUGUAAUAUUAUUCAAAUAAAUCUUUUGCAUUCUAA